AUGCUCGAUUACGCGCGUCCCUACGAGCAAAACAUGUGCGAACUCUACUUACCCCCCACUCCCCCGGCGCCCGCGCGCCUCGACGACUUUCAAGUCUUCAGAAAAAGCAGCACCCCGUACGUUUACGGGAGCUACUACAAUAACAACUACGAUGUGUAUAAUGAACCAGAAGUUGAUGCCGCCGCUAACGUCUACCACAAUCUGGUAAGCUCGCGCGAAUACCAUCGAGAUGAAUGGAAAUACAAAAUUGUCAUGGACUGGACCGAAGAUGACACCGUCUCCUGGAUAGUCGAAACAGCAGCACAGAGCAUGGGCUUCUGCGAAUACGAGAUACCCUUCUAUAACUUCAGAAUAUCCGGCAUGGAGCUACGUAAUUUGAAAAGGGAGGAUGUGAUACAGAAGAUGGCACACCCGAACAUAGAUCCUUCAGUGUCUAGAAGGAUAGGAGACACGAUAUUUGAGAAGCUGCACACCCGUUUAAACGAGGAAAUGUUACGGCAAUCCUCCGUGUUUAGAUACGCGGAGAGUGAUCCAUAUCAAAACCACGAAGCAGUGCAGACAGUGUUAGAUUUGGACUCUUUGGACCAUAAAAACAGAUUGUACGCGUCGGACUACAAGCCGAACGAUGCUGGCUUGCUGCAUCCGCCCUGCGAUUCGAGUGAUGACGAUGUGUUCCGGACAUCGGAGACCGCAUCUCCGGAGUGUUCGUACGGCAGUGAUGGAAGCAAGUCCGGCGACGAGGAGGAAAAACGGAAGAUGUUCAAACGACCACCCGGCCGGCCUAAAGGCAGCGGAAGGAAGGUCUGCAAGCGUCCCCGCAGCGUCUCUGUUCCGGAGUUUUUAAGAAACUUGUUACUGGAUCCAAAAUACUGCCCAUCUAUAAUUAAAUGGGAGGACCAUUCCCAGGGAAAGUUCAGGUUCGUUAAGCCAGACGAGGUGGCGAAACUUUGGGGCACAAUGAAACAGAACGACAAUAUGACGUUCGAGAAGUUCAGCAGAGCCAUGCGGUAUCACUACAGACAAUCGGUGCUUGUUUCCGUACCGACCGCCCGCUUAGUGUACCAAUUCGGCCACAAAGGACCAGAUUUCAAGACAGAUAACCCGAAUUUCGUCAAAGUGAAAUCAGAGUUCGACGUUCACGAUAUGACACAUCCUUAG